CGCGCCUUCAAGAGCAGCCAUUUUGAUAACAGUCCAGAAAGUGUGUUUUGUGAUAAAUUAUUUUAUAAUAAGUGUAAAUAUUACAAGUUUGUAUAUUUCUGUGAUAUAUUUUUAAAUUAAAUCAAUAAAAUGGGGCGUAAGAAGAAGAAGCAAUCGAAACCCUGGUGCUGGUACUGCAAUAGGGAAUUCGAUGACGAAAAAAUCCUUAUACAACACCAAAAGGCCAAACAUUUUAAAUGCCAUAUUUGCCACAAGAAACUUUACACUGGUCCUGGAUUGUCGAUACAUUGUAUGCAAGUCCAUAAGGAAACUAUAGAUAAAGUUCCCAAUUCGUUACCCAACAGAUCCAAUGUUGAUAUAGAAAUAUACGGAAUGGAGGGUAUUCCAGCAGCAGAUCUUAAAGAACACGAAAGACAAAAACAAAACAGCAAAGGAGAAUCUUCAGACGAAGAUGAACCUGCUAGCAAAAGGCCGAAACCAGAAGGUUUACUUGGCAAUGCACCGCCUGGCAUUCCAGUGGCGAUGCCUCAAAUGAAUCAAAUGAUGCCUCAAAUGAUUUCGCAUGGGAUGCCUCCUGGUAUGCACCAUAUGAUGCAUACUAUGGGACAUAUGGGUGGACCACCUUUUAUGCAUCAUCCUGGAAUGCCUCAUAUGAUGCCUCCCCACAUGAUGAUGCAAGGACAACCUGGCCCACCUAAACCUUUGUUUCCCAGUGCAGUGCCUUCUUCAUCUCCUGGAGCAGCAAUUGUUGGUGCUGAUUUCAAACCUAUUUCGUCAGGUGCAACAAUUAGUGCACCGCCCACCACAAACACACCUGGAGGCAACGUGGAUUUAUCUAAAAUAAACACGAUAGCAGCUACAGGCGCUUCAAGUAAAAUUUUGCACCCCAUAGAAGAUGUUUCCUUGGAAGAAAUCAGAGCCAGACAUCCGAAAUAUUCCAAAGGCUCGUGGCAAAAAAACGACGAAAGAGGCUCGAGUUCCAGUAGUGCACAUGCGUCAGAAUUGUCAAUAGCAGUUUCUGCUGCACAACAAGCGGCUGUAGCCAAUCAGCAACAAGUUGCAGCUAUACAAGCAAAGGCACAAGAGGCCCAACACCAACACAUGGCCAUGAUGGGUAGGAUGGCUGCGGCUGCAUCAGCAGCUCAUGCUUUUCCUGUGAGAGUGUCAGCUGGCCAUCCACUCACAGUGGUAGCUGGUGCGCCUGUCAUGGCUGGACCUUCUAUGGGAAUGCUUCGGGGUCCGCUCAUAGGGGGUCCGCUGAUGAGACCUCCACAUCUCGGUAUGCCUCCAGGCAUGAUCCAGAUGCCUCCAGGUAUGAUGUACGGGCACCCCAUGUUUCCAGCAGGGCCGAUGAUUAUGCAGCCACGUUUCAGAUGAUCUUCAAUGAUGAUCCUCUACCAUCCGCAAGUUUAAAUUUAAGUGGCAUUUUUUUUUUUUUUAGUUAUUAAGUAUAAAUUAAUUAUUUCCUCUUUUAAUAUUUGCUAAUACAUAAAUAAAUUUAUAUAUUUUUAAAAUUAUUAAGUUAUUUGUUGAGUUAAAAAUAUAUAAAUCUAUAAUAUGAUUUUUAUAAAAUUCAGUCCAUUUGCUUAUAGUAAAUCUGUGAUCACAGAAUUUCUUAGUAGUAAUUAAAUGGCAGAGGAUACUAAUUUGUAUUUUUAAAUUUAACUAAACAAGUGCAUUGUCCUGAAACAAAUACCAUCCCGAAAGAAAAACUGACCUUAACUUUUUUUUUUUGUUUUUGACAGGUUUGCAAAAUAUGCAAAGCGACACUCGGUAUGUAAGAUUUUUUAUUUUUUUUCAUUUUUCCUGGGAUGACAUCGUACACUGAAAAGGUUGGUCAUUAUUUUUUUUUUUUUUUUUAGACUAAGAAUAUUUAAGAAGGAUUGAUAGAAAGCACGCUAUAUUAACGAAUUUUGUAUUGAUAAUAAUGAUAUUUGGAUUCUGUACAUUAAAAAGACUGUCAAUUAUUAGAGACGUCAUUUUGAACUAUUCACAGUUAGGAUAUUCUUAAUAAUCAAGAGAUUUUUGAAAAUAUGUUUUGAACUUCUAUGAGCUUCAAAACUCACCACUUGUUAUAGAGUUUUUUCUUCAAAAACCAUGAGUGAAUAUCUGAAGUAUAAACUUGUACAUUUAAAUGCAUUGUAGAUUUUUUGCUUUCUCCAAACAUCUUGUUGGGAUUUUGACUUGAAUUGAUUAUGCCCAACUGAAUUUUCUUAUGAUUCUGUUAUCUUGUCCUUAACAAAUUAUGAUUCUAAAAGAAUUUUUAGUCUACAACGACAACUACAUUCUUAGUUAAUUGGAAAAAGAGAAAUCCCUCUCUGCUAGUAGAGUGCUCCUUUUAGUUAGUAUAUUUUGACUUUUGUGGGCGCGUCGGAGUUACAAGCUGAAAUUUUCACAGAAUGAAGAUUUUUAUGUUAAUUCAAAAUCCCAAGGUGAUAUAAAAUUAGAACGGGCAAAAGGGCACUAUAAUUAAAAAUUGAGAUUAUUGCAUGAACAUAUAGAAUAUUAAUUUAUGACUGUUUUCAUAUAUUUUAUAAUGGUAGAUUAAUCGAAAAAGCGGGUCAAAAUUAGUGGAAAAUAAGCCUGACAUCAAUUCCAAAUGCCCAUUUUAAGCAGAAACAAAAAUAAAAAAUGUGACACUUGCAAAGUAAAAUUUAUACGGAAAUCGGAUUUGAAGAGUCACAAAUCACCACACUCGAAUAUUUAUCCUUUUGAAUGUAACACUUGUAAAGCAAAAUUAAAAAAAAAAAAAGUCAUUUGAAGACUCACCUAUUAACACACUUAGAUAUUUAUCCUUUCGAAUGUGACCUCAACAUAGAGAUGAUAGGACUAUGACAUCAGAAACUACCUUUUCAUCUCCAGUAUUUAUGAAAAUCAUCAUCUGAUAUCGAUAACUACCAAUAUUUUGAAGAGACUGGGGUUCUGACAUGGUUUUUACUCCUGACCAUCUCCUCACUAUCACUCAUAUAAAUGGAAGUAUAUCUUAAUAUGGAUAAUAACAGGAUAAUGAAGAGAUUCAAGUAAAAUUUAAACGAAAAGGGAAUUUGAAGAGUCACAUGAUAAUGCAUUUGGAUAUUCAACCUCUUGAAUGUGACACUUGCAAAGUAAAAUUUAUACGAAAAUCGGAUUUGAAGAGUCACAAAUCAACACACUCGAAUAUUUAUCCUUUUGAAUGUAACACUUGUAAAGCAAAAUUAAAAAAAAAAAGUCAUUUGAAGACUCACCUAUUAACACACUUAGAUAUUUAUCCUUUCGAAUGUGAUCUCAACAUAGAUAUGAUAGGACUAUGACAUCAGAAACUACCUUUCCAUCUCCAGUAUUCAUGAAAAUCAUCAUCUGAUAUCGAUAACUACCAAUAUUUUGAAGAGACUGAGGUUCUGACAUGGUUUUUACUCCUAACCAUCUCCUCACUAUCACUCAUAUAAAUGGGAGUAAGUAUAUCUUAAUAUGGAUAAUAACAGGAUAAUGAAGAGAUUCAAGUAAAAUUUAUACGAAAAGGGAAUUUGAAGAGUCACAUGAUAAUGCAUUUGAAUAUUCAACCUCUGGAAUGUGACACUUGCAAAGUAAAAUUUAUACGAAAAUCGGAUUUGAAGAGUCACAAAUCACCACACUCGAAUAUUUAUCCUUUUGAAUGUGACACUUGUAAAGCAAAAUUAAAAAAAAAAGUCAUUUGAAGACUCACCUAUUAACACACUUAGAUAUUUAUCCUUUCGAAUGUGACCUCAAAAUUUUCCAAAUCUUGACAUGGUCAUGAAUAAUUGCCCAUAUCUUUGGGAAAUUUCAAGCAAAUUAAAAUAAAUUAUACAUCAUUGGAAAGAGCCCUAAAUUCUCUAUAAAUUUGUGCAAAAUUGAGUUCGAUAGCUCGGAUAGUUUCUGAGCAAUUGAGCCUCAAAGUUGUUUUUCAGUCCAAAUUUUGUCAAAAACUUCAAAUUCAAUUUUGAAUAUUCUGCCCUUUUGCCCGUUCUGAUUUUGUAUUACUUUGGGAUUUUGAAUUAGCAUAGUAAAACCUUCAUUCUGUGCAAGUUUUAGCUUGUAACCCCGAUGUGCCCACAAAACUUGGGCACUGUACUAUGAUCAAUUUAUCUUAAAACAUGGAAAUAACAGAUGAUAUCAAUGACAUCCUUUAUCUUAAAUGGGACAUUUGAACUACUGUUAUGUGACUAUCCAAAAUCUUGAAUUUGUGACUUCUAUUUCUGUCAUUCAAACACAAUAUUCUGACAAUCAUUUUUAAUGCACAAGUCCCAUUUGUGUAAGAAAAUAAUCAAGGUAAGAUCUAAAACUGUUUUUCCAAACCAAAAUCAAAAAUUAUUGCAUUUUGUCCUUCAUUGGAAACGUACUUAUAAUAUUGUUCAUUUAUUGGAAAAUUAAUAAUAUUUAGAAAAACUAGCUAUUUGUUAUUGAGAAAAACGCAAAAAAGGUAGGUCUCUAUUAGUUUGGGAGGCGACUGAAAAGAAAGGGUGCGGGAUGGAAUAAAAUGAUAAAAAUAAUACAUGUUUAUUAGGUGACAUGGCCUAAUGAGAAAUAUGACAAGUGAAAACUUGAAACUCUUUCUUUCACAAAACAUCUCAUCAAUUAAAUACUUUCAUAUAUAAUUCAGGAAAUAUAAUUCUUGACGUUGCUCUUACUCAAGGUGCCAUUAGUUGAUUGUUUGUUCCGAUUUCGUGCUUUAAUCUUGUAUAAGAACUUUAUUAUUUAUUGUCAAUCCUAGUUUUAUUAUUUUAUUCGAUCGGGCAACUUUUUCAGAGUCGCCUCCCUGCUUUCAAACUUAAUAUUAUAAACAUGGUAGAUAAUAAUAAAAAAAAUAAAUUGUGAGUGCCCAUGCAAUCAAAAGGUAAAUGACUUUUUUUUUUUAAAUAUCAUCCAAGGUGUUAUUGGUAUAUAUAUAGGGUGAAUUUUGACAUAAUUUUUAACGUCACAUGUUUGCUUUCACUAUUAUUAUUAUUAUGUCAAAAUUUACCAAAGUUUGUACUCGGGGGCUGGUAGUUAAUAACAAAAAAAAAAAGGACAGCAGGCGAUACCCGUCACAGCUUCAAAACGCUGUUGGAUUGGGGCUACCCCCUGUAUAUAUUAUUUACUUUGCGAUAUCUUUUGUGCUUUUUAAUUUCAUUCAUUAUAGCAAACAAUUUCCUCUUCUUUAUCGCAAAUGUAAAAUACAGGUGAUUCUCGUGUCACAGCUUAGCUGUUGGGUCCUCAGUCCCCUGCUACUGACUUGGCUUGACCACACAGGCGAUUGCGAUUGGUCCCGCCAAUCGACAAUCACAGGUUUCACUGAGAGCCUGUUGGCAGGGGAGUCACGAUAUCUCAAUCAGAUGAAGUGGUUGUGCAAUUAAUUGUUUCUUCUUUCGCCCUUCGACUCUUAACAAUUAAAUAUUAUUUAUUAUUAUUGGAAUUUUUUUUGUAAAUAUUUGUGUUUUUUUUUUUUUAAAACUAAGUUUUGUAGAUCUGGGUUGGUGAUAGUGACUUCCCACCCCUGUAAAACACUGCUAUUGAUGUAUAUUUAAUUGAUUUGUGUAGAUUUUAAAAUUAAGUAUUGUUUUUUUCAUUGGGGUAAUAAAACUAUUUAAAACAUAA